AUGUCCAUGAGGAGCCCUAUCUCUGCCAAGCUGGCCCUGGAUGGAGUUGGCACCAUGGUGAACUGCAGCAUCAAAUCAGAAGAGAAGAAGGAGACUUGCCAUGAGUCCCCUCAGGGCUCGGCCGCUGCAGCUGAACCCCAGCCUGGAGACCCGGCCCAGGCCCCCCAGGAAGGCACUGACCCCCAAGCUCCAGCCCAGGACUGUAGCUCUCCUGAGAGCAAUGGGUCCCCAGAACCCAAGAGACCAGGAGCUGCAGAGGCUGCUUCUGGAAGCCAGGAGAAGCUGGACUUCAACCGAAACUUAAAAGAAGUUGUGCCGGCCAUCGAGAAACUGCUAUCCAGUGACUGGAAGGAGAGGUUUCUGGGAAGAAGUUCUGUGGAGACCAAAGAUGUCAAAGGGACCCAGGAGAGCCUGGCGGAGAAGGAGCUGCAGCUCCUGGUCAUGAUCCACCAGCUGUCCACCCUGCGGGACCAGCUCCUCACGGCCCACUCUGAGCAGAAGAACAUGGCGGCCAUGCUCUUCGAGAAGCAGCAGCAGCAGAUGGAGCUGGCCCGGCAGCAGCAGGAGCAGAUUGCAAAACAGCAGCAACAGCUCAUCCAGCAGCAGCAUAAGAUCAACCUCCUUCAACAGCAGAUACAGCAGGUCAACAUGCCUUAUGUCAUGAUCCCAGCCUUCCCUCCAAGCCACCAGCCUCUGCCUGUCACCCCUGAAUCCCAGCUGGCGUUGCCUAUCCAGCCCAUCCCCUGCAAACCAGUGGAGUAUCCGCUGCAGCUGCUGCACAGCCCUCCUGCCCCGGUGGUGAAGAGGACAACGGCCAUGGCCACCCACCACCCCCUGCAGGAGCCCUCCCAGCCCCUCAACCUCACUGCCAAGCCCAAGGCCCCCGAGCUGCCCAACACCUCCAGCUCCCCUAGCUUGAAAAUGAGCAACUGUGGACCCCGCCCCCCAAGUCAUGGGGCCCCCACUCGGGACCUGCAGGCAAGCCCACCCAACUUGCCCCUGGGCUUCCUUGGUGAAGGGGACGCUGUCACCAAAGCCAUCCAGGAUGCUCGGCAGCUGCUACACAGCCACAGCGGGGCGCUGGAAGGCUCCCCCAGCACUCCCUUCCAUAAGGAACUCAUCAGCCUGGACUCGUCUCCAGCCAAGGAGCGGCUGGAGGAGACCUGUGUGCACCCACUGGAAGAAGCCAUGCUGAGCUGCGACAUGGAUGGCUCUCGCCACUUCCCAGAGUCUCGGAACAGCAGCCACAUCAAGAGGCCCAUGAAUGCCUUUAUGGUGUGGGCCAAGGACGAGCGGCGGAAGAUCCUCCAGACCUUCCCAGACAUGCAUAACUCCAGCAUCAGCAAGAUCCUGGGCUCCCGCUGGAAGGCCAUGAGCAACCAGGAGAAGCAGCCCUACUAUGAGGAGCAGGCGCGGCUGAGCCGGCAGCACCUGGAGAAGUACCCCGACUACAAGUACAAGCCGCGGCCCAAGCGCACCUGCAUCGUGGAGGGCAAGAGGCUGCGGGUGGGCGAGUACAAGGCCCUCAUGAGGACCCGGCGCCAGGAUGCCCGCCAGAGCUACGUGAUCCCCCCGCAGGCUGGCCAGGUGCAGCUGAGCUCCACAGAUGUCCUGUACCCUCGGGCGGCAGGUGUGCCCCUGGCACAACCACUGGUGGAGCACUACGUGCCCCGGGGGGGCCUGGACCCCAACAUGCCUGUCAUCGUCAACACCUGCAGCCUCAGAGAGGAGAGCGAGGGCGCGGAGGACAGGCACUCAGUGGCCGAUGGCGAGAUGUACCGGUACAGCGAGGAGGAAGACUCCGAGGGCGAGGAGAAGAGUGACGGGGAGCUGGUGGUGCUCACGGACUAAACCUGG